AUGGGAUGUGCAGCGUCGAAGCUCGAUAACGUGGACACUGUUCGACGGUGCAAGGAUCGCCGCCGUCUCAUGACGGAAUCUGUUCGCGCACGACAUCAACUUGCUGCAGCUCACGCUGAUUACUGCCGAUCGCUUCGUCUCACUGGAUCUGCUCUCUCCUCUUUCGCCGCCGGUGAGCCUCUCGCUGUAUCGGAUCAGACCCCGGCCGUUUUUCUCCACACUCCUCCGCCGCCUCAACACUCGUCUUCCAAUUUUGUACCUCCACGUGUCCCGCCUUCACCUGCUCCUUCUUCCGUCUAUACUCCGCCGCCGGCUCCUCCCUCACGAUCUCCUUCUGUUGCCAGCUCCAAGCUGCCUCCCAUCCUCUCCGCACCUUCUAAUCGGCGCCGGAAAGAGCAACCUAAGAUGCCUCAUAUUCUCUCAAGCCCUUCGUCUUCUCCGAAAAGCGAGAGAUCCAAUUUCAUGCCGAAUUUCUACCCUAGUGCUUACCAGAACUCCACUUACUCCGCCACUCCUUCUCAAGCUUCUUCCGUCUGGAACUGGGAGAACUUCUACCCUCCUUCCCCUCCUGACUCCGAAUUCUUCAACAGGAAAUCUCAAGAGAGGCAACAAAACCGCUUUGGCGAUCUGGCCGACGGCGACGACACCGAAACAGAGAGAUCGGAGCAUGAUUUUUUCCAUUCGAGGAAGCAGAAGCAGUUCGAGUCCAGGAAUAGUGCGGUGGAGGAAGAGGAUGAGACAGAGAGAGAGGAAGUUCAGUGUAGCGAAUGGGAGGACCACGAUCAUUACAGCACGACGAGCUCAUCCGACGCCGCGCAGGAGGAGGAAGAGGAGGAGGAAGAGGAUAGAGAGUCAGUGUCCGAGAUCGGGACGCGUUCCGACUUUGGAUCUUCCGUGAGGACUAGUUCGAUGAGACGGGACCACCACCACCACCAGCCCCCACCGAUGCCGCAGGAGUAUGGCGGCACUGCUCAAGAGAAGUACGGCAAAGCAGAUGACGCGACGACGUCUUCCGGCAGCUAUAGAGGCGGAGGAGAAAUGGCUGACAUGAAGAUGGUGGUGAGGCACAGAGAUUUGAAGGAGAUUGUUGAUGCGAUCAAGGAGAAUUUCGACAAGGCGGCCUCCGCCGGCGAUCAAGUCUCUCAGAUGCUCCAUCUUGGCAGGGCUCAGCUUGAUCGCAGUUUCAGCCACUUGAAGAAAACCGUGAUUCAUUCAAGUAGCGUAUUGAGCAACCUGAGCUCAACUUGGACCUCAAAGCCGCCAUUGGAAGUGAAGUACAGGCUGGACACAACCGCACUGGAUCAACCGGGCGGCCCCAAGAGCCUAAGUUCCAGUCUAGACCGCCUCUUGGCAUGGGAAAAGAAACUCUAUGAGGAAGUCAAGGCUAGAGAAGGGUUGAAGAUUGAGCAUGAAAAGAAGCUGUCAAAACUUCAAAGUCAAGAGUACAAGGGGGAGACUGAGUCUAAGCUGGACAAGACAAAGGGCUCUAUAACAAGGUUACAGUCUCUUAUAAUUGUUACCUCUCAGGCCGUCAGCACAACAUCUACUGCAAUUAUCCGCCUUCGAGAUACUGAUCUUGUCCCGCAGCUCGUUGAACUCUGUCAUGGCUUCAUGUACAUGUGGAAAUCAAUGCAUCAGUUCCACGAGAUUCAGAACAACAUCGUACAGCAAGUUCAGGGGCUCAUUAACAGGUCAGGCAAAGGGGAAUCAACAUCUGAACUACACCGUCAAGCAACCCGUGACUUGGAAACAGCUGUGUCUUUAUGGCACUCAAGUUUUUGUCGGCUGAUUAAAUUCCAAAGGGACUUCAUUCGUUCGGUUCAGGCCUGGUUCAAGCUAACUCUUCUCCCAGUUUGCCACGACGACAAUCCCGAUCACAAAGAGCCAGUAGAUGCCUACGCUUUUUGUGAUGAGUGGAAACUUACUCUAGACCGAGUCCCGGACACAGUGGCUUCAGAAGCAAUCAAGAGCUUCAUCAAUGUUGUUCACGUGAUAUCAGCGAAACAAUCCGAGGAGUUAAAGAUAAAGAAAAGAACCGAAUCAGCAUCAAAGGAGCUUGAGAAGAAAGCUUCAUCGCUUAGAAACAUCGAAAGGAAAUACUAUCAGUCAUACUCCACGGUCGGGUUUGGUCUUCCGGAUUCAGGACCAGACAACGGACACGUGCUAGACGCUCGGGACCCGCUCACGGAGAAGAAGUUAGAGCUAGGAGCAUGCCAGAGAAGAGUGGAGGAAGAAAUGCUGAAGCAUUCAAAGGCGAUAGAAGUAACAAGAGCCAUGACUUUGAAUAACUUGCAGACGGGCUUGCCAGGUGUGUUCCAAGCUUUAACCAGUUUCUCUGCUCUGUUCACGGAGUCCUUACAAACCGUAUGUACUCGCUCAUACUCCAUCAAAUAGCACACUAUAUUAUACACGUUACUAUAUAGCUGAAAAAGGUACAAAUACUAUAUAGUUAAAGAUUUUGAUGGGUAAAAGGCUUCAGAGCUGGAAAUUUCCUAUCGUUAUGUAUCCUUAUUUCGGUCGUGGAUCUUGUUUAUUUCUGAAAAGAAAGUGUAUAUAUAUGUCGAGUCUUUAAAAGAAAAUCUAGCACUUGGCUUUUGAUUUGUGAGUAUGAUGAAAUGUGGAGAUUUUUGUUAAUGUAAUUCUCAGCUUCCACGCACAUGAAUAAAGAACGGUCUCUUGCUUGUU